CAAGUGUUAUUAAGUCACCAUUCUCCACGUGAGUGUCCGCAAAAACUUUUCACAAUUUAGCGGUGUAUAUAAAUAAAUCCAAAGUAUUAACUAUUAAACUAUUUCUUCACUAAAUAACUAAUAAAAUAACCAUAAUAGUAUUGUAUUAAAUCAACAAAGUUAUUAAAAAACAAUCAAAAAUGCCUUUGAAAAUAAGACCGAUGCGUUAUGCCCACCCUGAAGGGCACACUGACGUUUGUUAUUUCGACGGUGAAAGAGGUGGCCUAGUAACAUGCGGUGGAGAUGGAGACGUAAGAUUCUGGCUAGACCUGAUGGACGACGACCCGUCAGCUGUGUGCGUAGCCGAGCAAGCGACAGCUUGUGUGUCAAAAAAGAGUAAAAUAUACGUCGGGAAUGACAACAACUCCGUCCAGAUCCUGACUCACCCGAAUCUGGACCGCGAGGGCAUUCUCACGCGAUUCACUGCGACAGUAUCAUCACUCAUCACAUCUCGGAAGAGUAAUUUAAUCGUUUCAGGAGCCUGUGACAUGCGCAUCCAGGUAACAAACAUCGAGACGAACAGCAGCGUCGAGCUGACCGGCCACGAGGCUCCGAUCCUCGGUCUGACCCUCGACCCCCUCGAAGAGUUUGUGUCUUCCUCCAGCGCCGACGGGUCUAUAAAAGUCUGGAGCAUAAAAGAAAAAAAAUCCGUUCACACCUGGAGCAACGUCGUCCCCAAGUGCAACUCUUUUUUCACCGCCAAGGCCCACUGCACUCCUUCAUUUAACGCCAAGGACGGUAGCUGGCUCGCGUAUCCUCACCAGAAAGACAUCGUCUUCGUCGAGAGGAACUCCUGGAGAGAAACGAACCGUUUUAAAUGUCCGACACUUAAAACCGAGAUCAACAUUUGCAAAUCUUCCGAGUGUGGGACGAGAAUAGCAGCUUGCUCGAUCGUCGGCGAGAUCGUCGUCUGGAGCACUGAAAAUUCUUCAGUAAUCGGCUAUGUGGAGCAUUCACAGUCCGCUAAAAUAACUUCCCUGGUUUGGAAUUUAAAGAAACCUUCGGAGCUUGCUUUUUGUGACAGUCUUGGCCAGCUGGGCUGCGUCGACGUAACUCUAGAGGACGGAGAAACUGCUUCUAUCGCUGGAACAGACCUGGACAAUGACAACGACGACAUCUACGCUGAAUUAGGUCUAGACAAAGAUGACGAUGAUGAUGAUGAUGAAAAUGUAAUAUCGCUGAACAAAAUCAAAGCUACCGUAGAUGACGACCAGAAGAGUGUCUCCAGUGUGUCUUCAGCAAGACCUUCAAAAGCAGUCGCUGAAGUAAACAUGCAGGAGCCGUUCCAGCCAGGAUCAACGCCAGUCCACUUACUAUCCCGCUUCAUGGUCUGGAACGAUGUAGGAAUCGUCAAGUGCUACACGAGUGAGGAUUCCGAGGACUCGAGCAUCGAUGUUGAGUUCCAUGACGCUUCAGUCCACCACGGGAUGAACGUACGCAACUAUCUGAAGCACACGAUAGCUUCUCUGUCCUGUGAAGCUCUAGCGAUGAGCUGUCCGUCUAAUGAUGGGACUCCCAGUAAGUUGGUGGUGAUUUCUCUGCAAGGAUGGGGCUCUGGGAACAAAGAGUGGUCUGCAGACUUGCCGGAAGAUGAAGAGUCUGUUUGUGUAGCUGCUGGUAGCACUUUUGUUGCCUUGGCGACUUCUAAAGGAAAUUUGAGGCUCUUUUUAGUAAGUGGAGUCCAGAGAGAAAUAAUUGCAUUGCCCGGACCUGUAAUAACGAUGAAUGCGGUAGGCAACCAGUUGGUAGUUGCUUGUCACAAGGCUUCUGGGUUCAAGGACCAGUUUAUGUCGUUGCUCUGGAUCCAAGUUCGUGGCUCGGGUUUGAAGAGCAGGGAAAUAAAUUUGCCCUUGACUCCAGGCUCAGAGCUGAUGUGGCUCGGGCUGUCCGACGCUGCGUCUCCGGUGGUGAUGGAUGCUGAUGGAGUUAUCAGGAUAUUUAAUAAGCAGUCGAAUUUAUGGCGUGUUGCUGCUGAUACUGAUAAAUAUCAGAAAGGUAAAAUGGAUCAUUACUUUAUUGUGGGUGUUAGCGAGAGGGAGAAAUUGAUCAGGUGUAUCUUGUGCAAGGGUAGUCGUUACCCGCCGACUACUCCAAGGCCCAAUGUCAUCGAGGUGGACUUGAAGGUCCCGCUCUGUGAUCCAGAUACGGAAAAAACUAAGAAGGAGGCGAAUAUUUGGCAGAUUGGUGUUAAUUCCAGUGAAGAUACUACGGCUCUCUUUACGCUGAUUGCAUUUUUCUGUGAAGCUAAUACUGAGUUCCGGGUAGUGGAUUUGUGCCAGAAUACUGCGGAGCUGAGUGUCAUUGAACUGGCGGUAAAGUACGCGACCAGGUCUGGUAAAAUGGCACUGGCUAAGAAGUUGCAGGCGAUUGCUGAGGAGAAGAAUAGAAAGCAGAUGGCUGGUAGGAAUGGAGAUGUCGUUGAGGAAGAGGAAGAUAUUUUUGCGGGUAUGGAUGAGACUGGAGUGAAAGACACUCAGGAAGAUAUUAUCCUUACGCCGAUUUCUAGGCCGACUCAGGACAUUGUUAUUCGUCCUUCUCCGUUCAGUUUGAAGAAGAAGAAUCCGUUUUUGAAGAAAACUAACUCUCCGGGAGUCAAAGGGCUGGAUGGGUUGAAUAGUCUGCCGGAAAAAGCUCCUAAGACACCUGUUACUCCGGUGGUUAAAACAGCGAAGAAAAGUUUGGGCAAGAAGGAAAGUUUUGUUAAGUGGUAUGAGAGGAAUAAGGCUGAUUUGGAGAAUGAGUUUCCUAAUUUGAGUGGCACCGAGUUGUCCAAGAUUGGGCUCAAGAGGUACAAAGAAGAAAAUGACUCGCAGUCUAAUGGGGUUGAAGAUAGUGAUAGUAAAAAAAGAAAAUUGUCGAGUCCUGAAAAUGAUAGCCAGGCGAAAAAGUCGACUGUUAGUUUAAUGAGCGGGGAGUUGAGUAGAAAAAUCGAUCGGAGAAAGAGAAAUACGUGUUUUUCUUAAACUGAAGCACUUGGUGACCUAGUUACGGGAGUGUUGAAUCUUGGUCUUGAUAGUUGAUGAAGUCGAUUGAAUGGCUCGUUUAUUUGUAAGGUAGAAGUAAAGCAACAGUCUAAGUCUGCGUUUACGCUUUUACUCGUACCUAGACCGUUUAGUUUGCUCUCUCAGAAUCAUCGGCGACUAUUGUACGUCAGUAGAGCAUGAUAGGAGGAUAAAUGAGAGUAAGGAGUAAAAUAAACUCUCGAGGGAGUUGGUAAUGUUACUUGAAAUCCUUCUAUUUAGGGGAAUAUAAAGUAACUACAUGGCUUGCAUGCAGAACCAUAGUCUCAACUGAAGAAUUUCUAUAUUUUAUCCCCCACAAACCGGCUGUGCGACUCGUCACUUCUUAUAUAUAUUUCUCAUAUUUAUCCUAUCGUUCUUAGUAGCUCGAGAAACACGGUUCUCGUAUUGUGUCUAUCUAUUGUGUCUGGCUUUUAAAUUUUUAUUUUUAUUUUAAAUAGUUUAGGUUUUACCGUGAACUUUAUUAUUUAUUUUAUUUUUGUAGAGUAGUGUAUCCGAUAACUUAAACCCGGAAGGGCUAGAGGAGCGACGAAGGAGGAAAGUAAGCGGCUUUGGCUGCAUUCUUCAUUUUGUCUUGCCGUUAGUUCGCCGGUAUCCGUUGCACAGGUAACACUGUGUCUGUGCGCCUUACCCACAAGGUGUAUACAAAAAAACAGAGUGGUUUUUUUUUUAUCAACAAGUACAACUUGUUUUUCCUGCUUCAACUUCUGUAAACUUCAUUUGUUAAUUUAAAUUAGAU